UGUAUAUAGAACUAUAACUGGACAAUUGCAUUUCAAUACUGUUUAGUAACACUUUUGAAUGUUAAAUCAUUUGCCAAGAUGAGUGCUGAGGGAUAUCAAUACAGAGCUUUAUACGACUACAAAAAAGAGCGAGAAGAAGAUAUUGACUUGCACUUAGGAGAUAUAUUAACUGUGAAUAAAGGUACCUUACUAGCACUUGGAUUCAGUGAAGGGGAAGAAGCAAAGCCUGAGGAAAUUGGUUGGUUGAAUGGCUUUAAUGAAACCACAGGGGAGAGGGGGGAUUUCCCAGGAACUUAUGUAGAGUACAUUGGAAGAAAAAAAAUAUCUCCCCCCACUCCAAAGCCUCGUCCUCCUCGGCCUCUUCCAGUAGCACCAAGUCCUGCAAAAGCUGAAUCAGAGAGUGAGCAACAAGCUUUUUCACUUCCAGACCUUACAGAGCAGUUCACACCUCCUGAUGUUGCUCCACCAAUUCUUGUCAAGAUAGUAGAGACAAUUGAAAAGAAAGGUCUGGAGUACUCAACUUUGUAUGGAGCACAAGGCUCAAGCAGUGCAGUGGAAUUAAGACAAAUUUUUGAGUGUGAUGCCUCUUCAUUAGAUUUAGAGACAUUUGAUGUUCACGCUUUAUCAGAUGCUCUCAAGAGGUAUAUCCUGGACCUGCCAAAUCCCAUCAUUCCAGCAGCUGUUUACAGUGACAUGAUUUCUGUAUCUCAAGAAGUGCAAAGCUCAGAGGAAUAUGCUCAGUUGCUGAAGAAACUGAUCAGAUCUCCAAAUAUACCUCCUCAGUAUUGGCUCACACUCCAGUAUUUGCUCAAACAUUUCCUCAGAGUUUGUCAAGCCUCCAGCAAAAAUCUUUUGAAUGCAAGGUCUCUGGCUGAAAUUUUCAGCCCUCUGCUCUUCAGAUUCCAGAUAGCAAGCUCUGAUAAUACAGAACACCACAUAAAAAUCCUAGAGGUUUUAAUCACAAGUGAAUGGAACGAGAGACAGCCCGUACCAGCACUGCCUCCUAAGCCACCGAAACCUAAUACCGUAACUAACAAUAGCAUGAAUAACAACAUGUCAUUACAAGACGCUGAAUGGUACUGGGGGGAUAUCUCAAGAGAAGAAGUAAAUGAGAAGCUUAGAGACACAGCUGAUGGUACCUUUUUGGUACGAGAUGCUUCAACCAAAAUGCAUGGGGACUACACACUGACACUGAGGAAAGGAGGAAAUAACAAAUUAAUCAAAAUUUUUCACCGAGAUGGAAAAUACGGCUUUUCUGACCCAUUAACGUUCAACUCUGUGGUCGAGCUAAUAAACCACUACCGGAAUGAGUCUCUAGCCCAGUAUAAUCCUAAACUGGAUGUAAAAUUACUCUAUCCAGUAUCUAAGUACCAGCAGGAUCAAGUUGUAAAAGAGGAUAGCAUUGAAGCAGUAGGAAAGAAAUUACAUGAAUAUAAUACCCAGUUCCAAGAAAAAAGCAGAGAAUAUGACAGACUCUAUGAAGACUACACAAGAACAUCUCAGGAAAUUCAAAUGAAAAGAACAGCCAUCGAGGCAUUUAAUGAAACAAUAAAAAUAUUUGAAGAGCAGUGCCAAACACAGGAAAGAUACAGUAAGGAAUACAUUGAAAAAUUUAAACGAGAAGGAAAUGAAAAAGAAAUACAAAGAAUCAUGCACAACUAUGAAAAACUGAAGUCUCGGAUAAGUGAAAUUGUGGACAGCAGGCGUAGAUUAGAAGAAGAUUUGAAAAAGCAAGCAGCUGAAUAUAGAGAGAUAGACAAGCGUAUGAACAGCAUUAAGCCAGACCUCAUACAGCUGAGGAAGACAAGAGAUCAGUACUUGAUGUGGCUGACUCAAAAAGGCGUUCGGCAAAAGAAGCUAAAUGAAUGGCUUGGAAAUGAAAAUGCAGAAGACCAAUACUCUAUGGUAGAAGAUGAUGAGGACUUGCCCCAUCAUGACGAGAGAACAUGGAAUGUGGGAAAUAUCAAUAGAAGCCAAGCUGAAAAUCUGCUGCGGGGAAAACGAGAUGGAACAUUCCUUGUUCGAGAGAGCAGCAAACAAGGCUGCUAUGCCUGCUCUGUUGUGGUGGAUGGUGAAGUAAAGCACUGUGUCAUAAACAAAACACCUACUGGGUAUGGAUUUGCAGAGCCAUAUAACUUGUACAACUCGCUCAAAGAACUGGUGCUACAUUACCAACACACAUCACUUGUGCAGCACAAUGACUCUCUCAAUGUCACGCUAGCCUACCCAGUAUAUGCACAGCAGAGGCGAUGAAGAUCCUGAUACUCUGGGUUGUUUGUUGGUUUUUUUAAAGAAAUUAUAUGGCAACGUUGAGGCCUCUGGAGAGAAAAGGCUUCUUUCAGCUUUACUCAAGAAUUUGUAGUAUCAAAGCUAUUUGUCUUCAGAUGGAACUUAAGAUUUCCUUCACAACUGCAGUGGGAGAGAUCACAGUGUUAUGCUGUAAAUGGACAUAGAGGCCUUUAAGCAUGGUGCUUGUUUACGACCACUUCUGAACCUUUACCAGCUAGAACAUUGGAUUAUCCAGACACAAGGUAUAAGAGGUUUGUGUCAUUCAGUUAUUGGAAUUUCGUGGUCAUAAUCUGACUUGGAAUGGUGUUGCUGCACUCAGUGGAUCCAGACAUACAGCAUUGUGGUUCUAUUUUGGUUUCUAGUGAAUGAUAUGUAGCAGAGUGGCACUUUCAUUUCUAAGGGACACUUUAAAAGGACUUCAGUUACAGUAUGUUGCUCAGAGUAAUUGUAAUAGCAAAGUGCCAGGAAGUGUUUUGUUUAGAUGAUUAAAAAUCCUGUUUUUAGAAUAUAUUUAAGACUGAAGAAAACAGGAUUUUCAAUGGCAUACAGUGUAUAAUAAUGUACAUAGUACUGGAUGACUAACUGUCAUUGAUGGAAACUGUCAAUACCAAACUGCUUCAUUUUUUCCUUUUCUCUUUGCUGAAAGCUGAAUUUUUAGACUAUGCUAUGCAAUACUGAAUUUUCUUUAGGCUGUAGUCUUCUCUCAAGCAUAUCUACAGAUUAAGCUUGUUUUUCUUGGUUUUUUGUCAUCUUCCUUUUUUUAAUUUCUUUUCCUUAAGGAUAUUCUUCCUGGUGAUUACUUUUUGUUAAUAAUUUUCUUGUUUGUUUUGUUUUGUUUUGUCUUUUGCUUUGUUUUGUUUUGUUUUAAUGUACAGGGAGCCAGCAAGAGUUGGCUUGAAAAUUUAAACUAUGAAAUAUUUGACAAUUUUCAUUGUAUAGAAUAUUGAGCUACUAGCUCAAAGUUGAAAGACUUCAUAAAUUUUUUUUGACUAAAUACUUUGUUGGGCAGUGCCUGAUAAGCUUCAAAGCUGCUUAGUUCAAUAAAAUUAUAUGAACAUUACAAAAUAUCACUGAGUCCAACAAUACUGUUUCAGAGAUAUCUUUAGAAUACGGUACCAUGCUACAUUUGCUUCUUGAAGCAUUUUGGACUUCUAUCAUGAUUGUCUUUGUAUAUGGAAGACAAGGAAAAUAGUCUAUCCUUCUUUGAUAGUGACUGCAGAAAUAAAUGGGGAUAUUUUGCUACUGCAGUGUAGAGUGUAGAUAGUUUGGAUCUCAGAAUGAAUCCACCUUCACAGUAAAUAAAUGACUUCUUGACCUCCUGUGACAGAAUUUUUGUCAGCCUGUAAAGGUAUUUUCAUUUCACAUGAAGGAAGUUUCUCCAAUCCGUUGCCUAGGUUUGUUUUUUGUAUUAGUAUUGUGGAAAAAAAAAACUUCCACCUCUACAGAGAACAUUUGGAUACAAUAUAGAACUAAUUAAGACUGGAAAAUAUCUUUUUUUAAAAUGAUUAGGCUAUGAUACGUAUUUUCAAAAGUCUGUAGGCUGAGGCAGUAUCAAAGUGAACACUUCGAUAAUUUUAGGGCACCAGAGACUUACAAAAUCAUGGUUCAGUUAAGGGAAACAAAUACAUAAAUCUCACUAAAACAGAGUUACCCACAAUCCUGAGAUAGUUCACUGUCAAUGGUUUGCAAUGGUUAUUUAUUGUCCUGACCACUGAGGAAAUUUACACAUUGCAAAUCAAUAAAGUAAUGACAUUCAGAGAAAUCUUGGAGAAGAUUUGACUAAGUGAACAUAUGAAUUAUUCUUCCCCCAAGAUGCAAAAGAUAAGAUCUAUUACUAUUAAAGAGAGUUGCACACACAAUCAAAAGAAUGAGACCCAUGGAUUUCUCUCAUAAUAGCUCUGGUUAGAGAUCCUUGUGUUUUAUUUCAAAGUACACAAUGCUUUAUAAGCUAUUGGAAAUAAUAAGAAGAAAUUCGCCAGUCUCCACUAAUCUUUAUAUUAUCCUUUCAUUUUUACAUUGUUACUUCAGUUCUGAGGCUGUAAGAUUUUUAAUUUUGCUUUGACUUUGUAGUCUAUUUUUUUUGGUGGGUUGUCUUAGCUUUCCUAUAGUUGUAUUUUCUUAUUUGUAUCAGGAAACAAGACCCAACAAAUAUUGUUUCACGAUAGUCAUCACUUAGAAAAUUAUUCUGAAUAUUUUUCCUGAAUAGAAGUUUAGUCUUCAUGCCUUCUCUUUCUCAUUCCACACUUUUUUCAGGCCUGUAGGACCAUGUGAAUCUGUUAUACAAAUAACUGGUUUAUACUACAAAAAACACCAACAAUUACUCUAGCAUGCCAGUUAUACUACUGGGCUUGAAGUUACAGAUUAGUUCAAUAUACAGCAGUUUAACGCUUAUAGCAAUCCAAGAUAUUCUUUGGACGUAUAUUAAUUUCUGAAUGUUAAAUAUUUUAAGAGUAAAAUUGUAUUUUUUCUCUGUAGGCGAAAUAUAUGUAAUCUGAAUUGAUGUUUCACGUAGCAUUUGUCAAGAAAUUUUAUCAUAGUUAAAGCAUUUGGAUCUAAUUUUCCUCAUUUUAAGAAAACCCCUGCUAUGUCAGUGGGCCAUAUCCUUAGCAUGCCCAGCCCAGUAUGGAAUAUAAUUCAUUCCUGUGUGCUGUGCAACUUCUCUUUGUGUGUGGCUGUAGCAGAAAAAAAAUAGUGUGUGUGCAGAUUUGACACUUGCUUUUCUUGCACAAGCAACAAUGAGAAAUAAGCCCUAUGUUGUAAUGAUGAAUGCUUAGGGCUUCUUAAGGGGAUGUUCUGCCUACACAGGGUCUGUGCAAUUUGCAGGGAUCAUUUACACCCUCAAAUUGGCAUGAGUGGGUUUUCUUUGGUACUUACAUAUUGUGUGGCCUCUGCAUUUCUCUCCCUCCUUAAUGCACAGAGCUAAGUCCUGCCAAAGGCCCUAUUCACUGCAGAGUUGUUUGUCUUUAAUGUACCAUAUUGUUCACUCCAGUUUUGAUCUGAUCUCAGACUGCUAUAUACAGAAAAAAAAAGCAUGGGGAUAUAACUAAAGAAACACAGUGUUUUUCUGUAUUUCUAUUGAUGCAAAGAUUUUUUCAUCGAAUAUAAUCAAUGGAUGGGCUUAACUCUGUUACUUUUUUUUUCUUUUUUUGAUUUGCAUAACUUUUCGUUUUAUUUUAAGUCCCUGAGUUAUGCUGCACUGCAGCAUCUCUUUCACAAGGCCUUUGAAAGGCAUGAGACAUUGCAAAGAGAACCAAAACUCACAGGCAAAAUUAAGAGUUUCUGAUUUAAUUCAGCUGAAAUAUGAAUUUGCAGGUUGGGGAUGCAUAUCUGUGCAUACUCAUUACACACUUGCUGUGUUUAUGUAUGAACAGUUCCCAAUAUAGAUGCAUUUUCACAGAACAUGAUCAUUUUGCUGAAUUUAGUAAGCGAUAUCAUUAACUUUGUUUAAAGACACACACAUGCACACUAGACCUUUGUGGGUGCAGCAUGUUUCCAGAUACAGUUAGAAAACUGAGUUUCUGUGUUGUUGGAUAGUUUCUUUUAAAAAAAAAAAAGAAAAAAAAAAGCUUGUCUGUAUGGUUCCGUUAUCUUGUCAAGCAAUCUGUAAAACCAAAUCUUCAGAUUUUCUAUUUGGUGUCAACUGUUCUGUAGUGAAAAAAUGGCUUUGUCUUGUAAUUGGCAAUGAAAUAAUAAUGCUUGGGAAAACAUUCAGAUGCUUCUAAUGGGGAAAACUGCCGAUUUUCACACAGUGCUUUUGCUAUGCAUGGUAUUAAGUUGGGAAAGUGAAUCCUGAUACUGGUUUUUUUCAGGGUCACUUUAGAAAUGGGCAGCUCAAAGCAUAAUGCCUCCCAUGGGACAAGGUUACAAAGUGCAACAUUUUAUGUAGAGUCAUGUUCUGUUCACUGCAGCUGAGACUAAACUGUAGGAGUUGGUAAGGUUACAUUGCACUUGUCCUGAUGAGAUUGCAUUAGCUGCCCAAGAUGCUGCUAUUUUUUUUUUUAUUCUUGUUUUUUGAAAAUAAAGCUCUGUUCUGUUACAUGUCUUUAAAACAUUAAGAUUGCUUUGUUUUAAAAUUGUCGUUGAGGAGGUGGAGAGUAAAGCAGAUUGUAAAUUGCCUUUACAAGGCAACAGUGAAAACAUGCCUCCUUAAAAUUUUGUUCAAGCUGUAGAAUUGAUGGAGCUGUGUCUUGUUUUUGAGUUGCUUUAAAAAUGUAAUAAGUCUUCAAGCAGAAUAAAGGUUGUUUUGAAACAGCA